AUGGUCUUGCUUGGUGAUUUUGAGGAGCAGCAAGGUGAGUACGGUGGCUGGAGUGAGGAGCAAGAUGGUAGAGUAGGACAAGGGGCCAAUGAGGAGAAACAAGUGGGGAGAGAGCUGUGGGCGAGUUGCAUGCUGAGGUCCAGGCUGCUGUGUGCCACUCUGUCUCUUGCUAUUGCCAAGCACAAGCCAUCUCAAUCCUCCUUCACCCAACCUUGUCACUCAAGGGAGUUGCUGUCCCAAGCUGUCGACACUUUCUAUGUCAAGGCAGCCUGGCUCAAAGCAACAAUUCCAGAAGACCGCAUUAAAAUAUGAUUAUUCAAAAAGAAAACAAAAAAGCUAUUUAUGAAAAACUGCAGAUUCCAGGAACAGCUUCUGUCCUUCUUCAUGGAAGAUGUUUUUGGUGGACUCCAAUUACAAAUUUGCAAGGAAAUAGACUUUGUGGAAGACUUUCAUAGUCUUCGGCAGAAAUUGAGCCGCUGUAUAUCCUGUGCUUUACCAGCUAGAGAGAUGACAUCCAUUACCAGAAUGAAAAGAAUGUUUUAUAGAAUUGGAAACAAAGGAAUCUAUAAAGCCAUCAGUGAACUGGAUAUUCUUCUGUCCUGGAUUAAAGAACUGUUAGAAAGCAUUCAGUAA